GGUCGUGGGCUGGCCGCAAUAUGUUCGCGAUUCGGAGCUCGUGGCAGCGCCUACUUGUGCUGGAGACCCGAAGCUGUGCCUCUUCCAUGGCGGCGGCCGCUUCGAGAAGCCCUAGGGUUUCGGCCUUCUCGACGGGCUCCCCAAACCCUAGCCUUAAAAGGGUCGGUACCCACAACGGCAGCUUCCACUGCGAUGAGGCUCUCGGCUGCUUCAUGAUCCGCCUCACCAACAAGUUCUCCGGCGCCGAGAUAGUCCGAACCAGAGAUCCCCAGAUACUGGAUACACUAGAUGUAGUGCUUGAUGUCGGUGGUGUGUAUGAUCCUAGCAAAGAUCGGUAUGAUCAUCACCAGAAAGGAUUUAAUGAGGUUUUUGGGCAUGGAUUUGUCACCAAGCUUAGUAGUGCUGGUCUAGUCUAUAGGCAUUAUGGUAAGGAGAUAAUUGCGAAGGAACUUCAGCUUGAUGAAGGACACCAAGAUGUAGAGCAUUUAUAUCUUGCUGUAUAUAAAAGCUUCAUUGAGGCAGUUGAUGCAAUUGAUAAUGGGAUAAAUCAAUAUGAAUCGGAUCAGCCUCCAAAAUAUGUGAACAACACACAUUUAUCUUCACGGGUUGGGCGGCUUAAUUUGGAUUGGAUGGAUCCUGACCAAUCUUCAGAGAAGGAGAAUGCAGCUUUUCAGCAGGCUAUGAUGCUUGCUGGCAGUGAAUUUUUGGAGAGUGUUCGUUUUCAUGUCAGAUCAUGGCUACCUGCACGAUCAAUUGUCAUUGAGUGUCUGGAAUCAAGAAAAAAUGUUGAUCCAAGUGGAGAAAUCAUGGUUUUGAAUAGAUUUUGCCCUUGGAAGCUUCAUUUGUUUGAGCUUGAACAGGAACUGAAAAUUGAUCCGCCCAUCAAAUAUGUUCUUUAUCAGGAUGAUCGGAGCAAAAAUUGGCGAGUGCAAGCAGUGGCAGUAUCUCCAGAUAAAUUUGAAAGCCGAAGGCCUCUCCCGUUGCCUUGGAGGGGUUUGAGAGAUGAUGAUCUUUCAAAGGAAUCUGGUAUUCCUGGUUGUGUUUUUGUUCAUAUGAGCGGAUUCAUAGGUGGAAAUCAAACAUAUGAAGGAGCCCUAGAUAUGGCAAGAGCCGCCCUCAAGUAUUGAUUUCAGCAAAUAACUGAAGCUAAACAUUUUGCUUGAGUUUUAAUCAGAAGCCGCUAUAUGAAUGGUCUUGUUUACCCUCAAUUUAUCGGUCCAGAAAGCAUUUUUGUUGUCACUCAAACAUAUUCUGCACCUUGUACACAAAGACAGCUGAGCUGGUGUUUCCUGACGAUUCCAGUAAUACUUUCUAAUGAAGUUUAUAAAAUGGCCUUAUUUAAGUAG